GUGGCCCGCGGCGUGGAGCGGGCGUGAUUCAUCAGCGGCCGCACCGGGAAGGCAGGGGGCGAGAGCGGCGGCCGCCUGAGAGCCCAGGGCCAGGCAGCCAGCGCCGCGGCAUUGCCGGCCCGACUCGGGUGCGCCUCGCGACUGUCCGAGGCCGGCCCCUCGGGAGGUCAAGAUGGAAGAGAUCCUGAGAAAGCUGCAGAAGGAAGCUUCUGGGAGCAAGUACAAAGCCAUCAAGGAGAGCUGCACCUGGGCCCUGGAAACCUUGGGAGGCCUGGAUACUAUUGUCAAGAUCCCUCCCCAUUUGCUAAGGGAGAAAUGCCUGCUGCCUCUCCAACUGGCUUUGGAAUCCAAGAAUGUGAAGCUGGCCCAACAUGCUUUGGCAGGGAUGCAGAAGCUUCUAUCAGAAGAGAGAUUUGUAUCCAUGGAAACAGACUCGGAUGAGAAGCAGCUGCUCAAUCAGAUCCUGAAUGCUGUGAAAGUGACGCCUUCACUCAACGAAGACCUGCAGGUGGAAGUGAUGAAGGUUUUACUCUGCAUCACCUACACCCCAACAUUUGAUCUGAACGGGAGUGCGGUGCUGAAGAUCGCGGAGGUCUGCAUUGAAACCUACAUGUGUAGCUGUCACCAGCGUAGCAUCAACACUGCUGUGCGGGCCACCCUCAGUCAGAUGCUGAGCGACUUGACCUUGCAGUUGCGACAGCGGCAAGAGAAUACGAUUAUUGAAAACCCAGAUGUCCCACCGGAAUUCAGGAAACAAGGGCCCACAGUGGAGUCCCUCUGUGAUGACGUGGUAUCUGUGCUCACGGUGCUGUGUGAGAAGCUGCAGGCCUCCAUAAAGGAGAGUCAACAGCUGCAGCUUCUGUACCUGGAGUGCAUUCUGUCUGUCCUCACCAGCUCUUCCUCAUCCAUGCACCUGCACAGGGGCUUCACAGACCUGAUCUGGAAAAAUCUGUGCCCUGCCCUCAUUGUCAUCCUGGGGAACCCCAUUCACGACAAAACCAUCACGUCUGCCCACAGCAGCAGCAGCAGUGCCAGCGUGGAGUCGGACUCUGUCACUCCCGGCGUCGCUGACCAUGGCCGCGGCUCUGGCUGCUCGUGCACCGCGCCUGCGCUGAGCGGGCCUGUGGCUCGCACCAUCUAUUACCUUGCAGCCGAGCUAGUGCGGCUGGUGGGGUCACUGGACUCCAUGAAGCCGGUGCUGCAGUCCCUGUAUCACCGAGUGCUGCUCUACCCACCUCCUCAGCACCGCGUGGAAGCCAUCAAAGUAAUGAAAGAGAUACUUGGGAGCCCGCAGCGUCUCUGUGACUUGGCAGGACCCAGCUCUACUGAACCAGAACCCAGAAAAAGAUCGAUUUCCAAGAGGAAGUCUCUCCUGGACCUUCUCAAACUCAUCAUGGAUGGCAUGACCGAAGCGUGCAUCAAGGGUGGCAUUGAAGCUUGCUACGCUGCGGUGUCCUGCGUCUGCACCUUGCUGGGCGCCCUGGACGAGCUCAGCCAGGGCAAGGGUUUGAGCGAUACGCAGGUGCAACUGCUGCUGCUGCGUCUGGAGGAGCUGAAGGAUGGAGGCGAGUCCAGUCGAGACUCCAUGGAGAUCAACGAGGCCGACUUCCGCUGGCAGCGGAAGGUGCUGUCCUCAGAACACACGCCCUGGGAGGCUGGGAAUGAGAGAAGCCCUGACAUCAGCAUUAGCGUCACCACAGACACGGGCCAGACCACCUUGGAGGGGGAACUGGGGCAGACCACGCCCGAGGACCACCUGGAGCACCACAAAAACAUCCUCAAGUCACCAGCCAUGCAGGAGGGCAAGGAAAUAUUGAGCAAAGGAUCAGAGCUGGAGGCGGGGGACCAGCCUGACGUGGUUCAAAGGAGCCACACGGUGGCCUACCCUGACAUCACCAACUUCUUGUCUGUGGAUUCGAGGACCAGGUCCUACGGAUCCAGGUACAGUGAGAGCAACUUCAGCGUGGACGACCAGGAUCUCUCCAGGACGGAGUUUGACUCCUGUGAUCAGUACUCCAUGGCAGCCGAAAAGGACUCGGGCAGGUCCGAUGUGUCCGACAUUGGCUCCGACAACUGUUCGCUGGCGGAUGAGGAGCAGACUCCGCGGGACUGCCUGGGCCCCCGCUCCCUGCGCACCGCUGCGCUCUCUCUGAAGCUGCUCAAGAACCAGGAGGCGGACCAGCACAGCGCCCGGCUCUUUGUGCAGUCCCUGGAGGGCAUCCUGCCGCGCCUGCUGGCCCUGGCCAGCGUGGAAGAGGUGGACUCCGCCCUCCAGAACUUUGCUUCUACCUUCUGCUCAGGCAUGAUGCACUCCCCCGGCUUUGACAGCAGUAGCAGCCUUAGCUUCCAGAUGCUGAUGAACGCGGAUAGCCUGUAUACUGCUGCCCACUGCGCCUUGCUCCUCAACCUCAAGCUCUCCCAUGGAGACUACUACAGGAAGCGGCCAGCCCUCGCUCCAGGCAUGAUGAAAGACUUCCUGAAGCAGGUGCAAACCAGCGGGGUGCUGAUGGUUUUCUCACAGGCCUGGAUCGAGGAACUGUACCAUCAGGUGCUUGAGAGAAACAUGCUGGGAGAAGCCGGCUACUGGGGCAGUCCUGAAGACAACAGCCUUCCCCUCAUCACCAUGCUGACAGAUAUUGAUGGGUUGGAAAGCAGUGCCAUUGGUGGCCAGUUGAUGGCCUCAGCUUCCACAGAGUCUCCCUUCACCCAGGGCAGAAGAAUUGAUGACUCCAUGGUGGCAGGUGUGGCAUUUGCUCGCUAUAUUCUUGUUGGCUGCUGGAAGAACUUGAUCGAUACUCUAUCCACCCCACUGACUGGCAGGAUGGCAGGGAGCUCCAAAGGGCUGGCCUUCAUUCUGGGAGCCGAGGGCAUCAAAGAGCAAACUCAGAAAGAACGUGAUGCCAUCUGCCUGAGCCUCGACGGGCUGCGGAAAGCAGCACGGCUGAGCUGUGCUCUAGGGGUUGCUGCUAACUGUGCCUCAGCCCUUGCCCAGAUGGCAGCUGCCUCCUGUGUUCAAGAAGAGAAAGAGGAAAGAGAAGUCCAAGAACCCAAUGAUGCCAUCGCACAAGUGAAACUAAAAGUGGAGCAGAAACUGGAGCAGAUUGGGAAGGUGCAGGGGGUGUGGCUACACACAGCCCACGUCUUGUGCAUGGAUGCCAUCCUCAGCGUAGGCCUGGAGAUGGGAAGCCACAACCCGGACUGCUGGCCACACGUAUUCAGGGUGUGUGAGUACGUGGGCACGUUGGAGCACACCCACUUCAGUGACGCCACCUCGCAAGCUCCUGUGACCAUCAGCCAGCCCCAGAAGGUGUCCAGCAGCCCUGGUCUCCUCGGGGACCUUGAGUGUGAGGGUUCCCCUCAGGAGCAGAGUCUGGAACAGGGGUCUUCCCUGAGCUCAGCCCCUGUCAUCCAGCCCCUCUCCAUCCAAGAACUGGUUCGGGAAGGCAGCCGGGGCCGGGCCUCGGACUUCCGCGGCGGCAGCCUCAUGAGUGGGAAUAGCGCCGCCAAGGUGGUGCUCAGCCUCUCCACCCAGGCCGACAGGCUCUUUGAAGAUGCUACAGAUAAGCUCAACCUAAUGGCCCUUGGAGGGUUUCUUUACCAGCUCAAGAAGGCCUCCCAGUCGCAGCUUUUCCAUUCUGUUACAGAAACAGUUGACUACUCACUGGCCAUGCCAGGAGAAGUUAAAUCCACCCAUGACCGGAAAAGUGCCCUCCACCUGUUCCGCCUGGGGGAUGCCAUGCUGAGGAUUGUAAGGACCAAGACGCGGCCCCUGCUGCAUGUGAUGCGCUGCUGGAGCCUGGUGGCCCCACACCUGGUGGAGGCUGCCUGCCACAAGGAAAGGCACGUGUCCCAAAAGGCUGUCUCCUUCAUCCAUGACAUUCUGACAGAGGUUCUGACUGACUGGAAUGAGCCACCUCAUUUUCACUUUAAUGAAGCCCUCUUCCGUCCUUUCGAGCGUAUCAUGCAGCUGGAGUUGUGUGAUGAAGAUGUCCAAGACCAGGUGGUCACAUCCAUCGGUGAGCUGGUGGAAGUAUGCUCCACACGCAUCCAGUCGGGGUGGAGGCCCUUGUUCAGUGCUCUGGAAACAGUGCACAGCGGGAACAAGUCCGAGGUCAAGGAGUACCUGGUUGGUGAUUACUCCAUGGGCAAAGGGCAGGCACCGGUGUUUGAUGUCUUUGAGGCAUUUCUCAACACUGACAACAUCCAGGUCUUUGCUAAUGCAGCCACCAGUUACAUCAUGUGCCUUAUGAAGUUUGUCAAAGGACUGGGGGAGGUGGACUGUAAGGAGAUUGGAGACUGCGUGCCUGGCCCAGGAGCCACGUCCACCGACCUGUGCCUGCCCGCCCUGGAGUACCUGAGGCGCUGCUCUCAGUUACUGGCCAAGAUAUAUAAAAUGCCCUUGAAGCCAAUAUUCCUUAGUGGGCGACUUGCUAGCUUGCCACGAAGACUUCAGGAGCAAUCAGCAAGCAGUGAGGAUGGCAUCGAAUCAGUCCUAUCUGAUUUUGAUGACGACACUGGUCUCAUUGAAGUCUGGAUCAUCCUGCUGGAGCAGCUGACGGCAGCUGUGUCCAAUUGUCCACGUCAGCACCAACCACCAACCUUGGACCUGCUUUUUGAGCUGUUGAGAGAUGUCACCAAAAUACCGGGUCCAGGGUUCGGGAUCUAUGCUGUGGUGCACCUUCUCCUUCCUGUGAUGUCCCUUUGGCUCCGCCGUAGCCAUAAAGACCACUCCUAUUGGGACGUGGCCUCUGCUAAUUUCAAGCACGCCAUUGGUCUGUCCUGUGAGCUGGUGGUGGAACACAUACAAAGCUUUCUACACUCAGACAUCCGGUACGAGAGCAUGAUCAACACCAUGCUGAAGGACCUCUUCGAGUUACUCGUAGCGUGUGUGGCCAAACCCACAGAAACCAUCUCCAGAGUGGGCUGCUCCUGCAUUAGGUAUGUGCUCGUGACAGCAGGCCCGGUGUUCACAGAGGAGAUGUGGCGGCUUGCCUGCUGUGCCCUGCAGGAUGCCUUCUCUGCCACCCUCAAACCUGUCAAGGACCUGCUGGGAUGCUUCCACAGUGGCACCGAGAGCUUCAGUGGGGAAGGUUGCCAGGUGCGCGUGGCUGCUCCCUCCUCCUCUCCCAGUGCUGAGGCUGAGUACUGGCGCAUCCGAGCCAUGGCCCAGCAGGUGUUCAUGCUGGACACCCAAUGCUCACCGAAGACCCCAAACAACUUCGAUCAUGCCCAGUCCUGUCAGCUCAUCAUUGAACUACCCCCUGAUGAGAAGCCAAAUGGACACACCAAGAAAAGCGUCUCUUUCAGGGAAAUUGUGGUGAGCUUACUGUCUCAUCAAGUACUUCUCCAGAACCUGUACGAUAUAUUGCUGGAAGAGUUUGUCAAAGGCCCCUCACCAGGGGAGGACAAGACCGUCCAAGUCCCAGAAGCCAAGUUGGCCGGCUUCCUCAGGUACAUCUCCAUGCAGAACCUAGCUGUCAUCUUUGACCUGCUGCUGGACUCCUACAGGACAGCGCGCGAGUUUGACACCAGCCCGGGCCUGAAGUGCCUGCUCAAGAAAGUGUCUGGCAUCGGUGGCGCCGCCAACCUCUACCGCCAGUCCGCAAUGAGCUUCAACAUCUACUUCCACGCCCUGGUGUGCGCCGUGCUCACCAACCAGGAGGCCAUCACGGCUGAGCAGGUGAAGAAGGUCCUCUUUGAGGACGAUGAGCGCAGCUCCGAUUCGUCGCAACAGUGCUCCUCUGAGGAUGAGGACAUCUUUGAGGAGACUGCGCAGGUGAGCCCACCCAGGGGGAAGGAGAAGCGCAGGUGGAGGGCCCGCCUUCCCUCCCUGAGCGUACAGCCAGUGAGCAACGCCGACUGGGUGUGGCUGGUCAAGCGGCUGCACAAACUGUGCAUGGAGCUGUGCACUCAUUACAUACAAAUGCACCUGGACCUGGAGAACAGCCUAGAGGAGCCGCCCACCUUCAAGAGUGACCCCUUCUUCAUUCUGCCCUCCUUCCAGUCCGAGUCGUCCACGCCAUCCACUGGUGGCUUCUCUGGCAAGGAUACACCAUCCGAGGACGACCGCAGCCAGCUCCGGGAGCAUGGGGGUGAGUCACUGCUGGGCUUGCGUGCUGCCAGCGGGGACGGGCUGAUGCUGCCCCCCAGUCCCAAAGUGGAGAAGAAGGACCCCAGCAAGAAGAAGGAAUGGUGGGAGAACGCGGGUAACAAGAUCUACACCAUGGCGGCAGACAGAACCAUCUCCAAGCUGAUGACGGAAUACAAGAGGAGGAAACAGCAGCACAAUCUGCCUACCUUCCCCAAAGACGGCAAAGGCGAGAAGAAGGGUGAGGUUCUGGGACCACGGGGCCCUGACUCACCGCUGCCUCAGCGGCCACAGCACUUGAUGGACCAGGGCCAGAUGCGACACUCCCUCAGUGCAGGCCCCGAGCUGCUGCGACAGGACAAGAGGCCUCGCUCCGGCUCCACCGGCAGUUCUCUGAGCAUCUCCAUCCGAGAUGCUGAGGCCCAGAUCCAGGCAUGGACAAACAUGGUGCUAACAGUUCUCAACCAGAUUCAGAUCCUGCCAGACCAGACCUUCAUGGCCCUGCAGCCAGCAGUGUUCCCUUGCAUCAGCCAGCUGACCUGUCAUGUGACUGACAUCCGAGUCCGCCAGGCUGUGAGAGAGUGGCUGGGCAGAGUGGGUCGGGUCUAUGACAUCAUUGUGUAGAAGACUCGACUUCUGUGCCCGAGCAAAGUCCUAUGGAUAGCAUUUUCUGCACCACCAGCCCCACUUACACCAGUGUCUGGGAGAAGCAGGUGCCCUGAAUAUGAGAGCCUUGGUAGCCAGUCUGCAACAGAUCAGCAUGGAGCCUCUCUGGAUUACUAUUAAGGCUGUGUCUAGUUGGUGUAGAUGAUGCUCUGAGCUUGCACGUUACUACACAAGC